CCCACCUUUCCUCCUUUUCUCCCCCCACCAAACUCCUCUCUUUUUUUUUACUUUUGCCUCCUCCCCUGUUUCUCCUCCCCCUUUCUCCAAUGGCUCCAAUGGCCGCUGCCACCGCUGCCGCUGCCGCUGCCGCCGCCACCCCCAACUCUUUCCUCCUCCAGAACCCCCUCCGACCCUCCCCCAAACCCCUCGCCCUUCGCCCCAAUCCCCGAUUCUCCGUCUCCUGCGCCGCCGUCACCUCCGCCCCCUCCUCAUCCCUCGCCGCCCACGCCGCCUCUCCCGGCGACCGCGGCGUCUUCAACUUCGCCGCAGGCCCCGCCACACUUCCGGAGCCCGUCCUCCUCAAGGCCCAGGCCGAGCUCUACAACUACCGCGGCUCCGGCAUGAGCAUCAUGGAGAUGAGCCACCGCGGAAAGGAGUUCGAUUCGGUCAUCAAGAAGGCCGAGUGCGAUCUCCGCCUCCUCCUCUCCAUCCCCGACGACUUCGCCGUCCUCUUCCUCCAGGGCGGCGCCACCACCCAGUUCGCCGCCGUCCCCCUCAACCUCUGCUCCUCCACCUCCGACCCCGCGGACUACUUGGUCACCGGAUCCUGGAGUGACAAGGCCUUCAAAGAAGCCCAGAAGUUCUGCAAGCCCAACCUCAUCUGGUCCGGCAAGCCUGAAAAGUACACCAUGAUCCCAUCUUUCGACCAGAUCCCGCAGAACCCCGACGCCAAAUACCUCCACAUCUGCGCCAACGAGACCAUCCACGGCGUCGAGUUCAAGGAUUACCCGACGCCGGCGAAUAAAAACUCGAUCUUGGUCGCGGACAUGUCCUCCAACUUCUGCUCGAAGCCCGUCGACGUCUCCAAGUUCGGCGCGAUCUACGCUGGGGCGCAGAAGAACGUCGGCCCGUCUGGGGUCACCAUCGUUAUCGUGCGGCGAGAUCUCAUCGGCAGCGCCCAGGAGAUCACGCCGGUGAUGCUCGACUACAAGACCCACGCCGACAGCGCUUCGCUCUACAACACGCCGCCGUGCUUCGCGAUCUAUAUGUGCGGCCUGGUGUUCGAGCAUUUGCUGGAGCAGGGCGGACUGGCAGAGGUCGAGAAGAAGAAUGCGGAGAAGGCCGGAAUUCUCUACGAUACGAUCGACGGGAGCGGCGGGUUUUAUAUCUCUCCGGUAGAGAAAUCGGUGAGGUCGCUGAUGAACGUUCCCUUCACGCUGCAGAGGAGUGAGCUUGACAAGAAGUUCAUCGAGGAGGCUGUUAAGGAAGGGAUGGUUCAGCUCAAGGGCCACCGAUCCGUCGGCGGCAUGCGGGCUUCGAUAUAUAACGCGAUGCCGUUGGCCGGAGUUGAAAAGCUGGUUGCUUUCAUGAAGGAUUUCCAAGCCAGGCAUCCUUGAUCGAGGAUAAGAUUUCUCCUUAGUUUCUAUUCCAUAAGAUCUUUGAUCUUUCGUUUCUGGGCUGUUUUCAGUUGCAUUCUAUGCAAAAUGUAAUGUCUUUCUUCAUGAGUUGAUUCCAAAAAGUACUAUUAUUCAUUGUUAGUCUGGUGUGCUUCAUGAGGUGUAAUGCUAAAAUUUUUUAUUUUAAAAUUAUUCAGUGUCUCAAAACCAGGUAAUGUUUUGUUUUGUUCUAUUUGUAUUGGAGUCAGAACUACUAGUAAGGCUAUUAUAUUUUGUUUGUCCUGAUAGAAGAACUUGUGCUUGAUGUUGAUUUA